AUGCGCUUCUCCACCGUCUUCGCCCUCAUCAGCACUCUCAUCCCCUCCUUCACCCUCGCUUUACCAUCCCCUCAGAAUGCACUCUCUCCCCUCGGGCCUCGCUCGCUCAACAUCUAUGACCACCAAGAACGCGGCACUGGCGAAGACCUCUUCACAGCUUUAAUCAUGGGCAUUGCCGCCGCAGCCGGCAAAGACCUGGCGUCCGUAUUCGGUGUCAAGCCGCCCACCUGCUGUGACAAUGUAGAUUGGCCGUGUCUAAUCAACGCCGGCAAAUCGAAGGAUGGCCACGGCUUCCAAGCCUGCUACGGACCCGGCACUGAUGAGAUCUACGAUUUCGACGUCGAGGUCAUGAAGUGUAUCAUCGACUUACAUUAUCGGCAGCCGUAUAAAUGCAUUGAUGUCAAGGGCUCGGUGUGUGGAAACGGCGCAGGCGCUGGCAGCGGGAUUAUGAAGGGCGAGUUGGGCUGGUGGGGCAAAGGUAGUAGUAAAGCCAAUUUGGUAAGUGACCAGGAUAGUAAGACUCUGCAAGCGGCGGCAGAGACUAUGAGGGGAGUGAAGAUCAAUUAUGCCAAGCCCAGUAAUGGGGCUAUACUGCUGGAGGUUGUGAGUGAUACGAAUGACUUGUUGAGUUUGGAGAUUAGUUUUACGGGGCAUCAGGGGAAGGAGUGUUGA